GAAAGUUUGUUUACAUUUUAUAAGUAUUUUAAGAAAUUUUAAAAUAUAAAAAAUAAUUGUGUUAAUAUAAAAAUGAUUCAUGACAUUUUGCUUUCCUUAUUAAAUCCUUAUGCAGACAAUCUUCCAAUUGAAAAUUUUUUGGUGACCGAUUAUGUAUCGGUAUUUUUACAUCCUUGCGAAAGAAAAAUACUGGAGGAUAUACUAGAAAUAAUAAAUUUGCACAGAGAAAUAUCCAAAUUUACAAGAUAUUAUAGAAUUGGUCAAGAUUUGAAUGAUUUUAAUGCGAGUGAUGACACAGAAGAAUCCCUUCAGAAAAGUUUAUACUUGCAAGCUUUUGCUAAUGGAAUUGAAAAUGCAUUAGAAAGUUAUGUUGAAGAAAUUGUAGAUCUAGAAAAAAGAUAUUUGCAAUCUCCAUCACAUUCGUUAUUAUUUAUUUAUCAUAAAAUAAAUGUUUUUCAUCCACUUUUUGUUUAUUUUCAAAAAUUAAUUCGUGGUAUAAAAGCACAAAAAUUACAUGGUUGUGCCAUAAUGCAGUACCUUAAUCAGAAUAUGCUUAAUGGGAAUCAACAAAUUUAUUUAGCAUCGAAAACAAUUCAGUCAACCGUAAAUAUAGUAUUUUUGAAACAUUUAACACAUUGGCUUUUGUAUGCAAAAAUGAUCGAUUCAUAUGGAGAAUUUUUCAUUCAACACGUUGAAUCUCAAAAUAGUACUGGCAACAGUACCUUAGAAAAUGGUAUUGGUUUAAGCUCAGGUGAAAGUGGUAAACAAACUGUUACUAGUUUUUCUGAAGCAGUAAGUACAUAUGCUGAUAUUUGGCGAUAUGAAAUCUCUUAUGAUUAUUUACCACAUUUUAUAACACCUAGUGUAGCUAGAAAAAUUUUAUUUAUUGGUCAAACCGUAUUAAUGUUUAAAAUGGAUGCUGCAAAAAAACGUUUAGAAUUAUGGAAUGAACCUGAAAAACAAGCUUUAGCCGAUGGAUCCCUGUGGAAUAAUAAUGAACAUAAAUACUUUCAAAAAAUUCAAAAUUUGCAAAAAGAAAAUAAUUUAACUGUGUCACAAUUUGAUGUCUUAAUAAAUGAAAUAAAAUCGUAUAUUACGGAACGUUUAUCGCAAAUAGCAGUCAAACAAGCAGAUUUAGUUCAUCAAUUAAAAUUGAUAAAAGAUUUUUAUUUAUUAGGUAGAGGUGAACUAUUUUUGGAAUUCAUUAAAAAAACUCAUUCUUUUGAAAAAUCUUUUUCAUCGGAAAAUAUUGUAAGAGAUAUAGUCAUUGCGUUUGAGUCAGCAGCUAAUGGGAUCGGAUUAACAGAAGAACUAGAACAAUUUUCAAUUACAGUUCCAAAAGAAAACUUAAAUGAUAGUGACGAUCAAAAUUUACCUUACAUACAUUAUUUAACAUUACAAUACAAAAUAAUAUGGCCCCUGCAUUUACUUUUUUCUCCAAAAGUUAUUGAACGUUAUAAUGAAUUAUUUAGAUUUUUGUUACAAAUUAAACGCUUGCAAUAUGAUUUACAUAUGGUUUGGUGUAAUAACCGUGAAACAAAAUCAAAACCAAAUAUAUUUAGAUUGCAUUUAAGAAAUCAAUUCAUUUUUUUAAUUGAUAAUUUACAAUACUAUAUUCAAGUUGACGUUCUCGAAAGUCAAUUCAGCAUUCUUAUGAAUAUAGUGAAUAACUCGUCUGAUUUUGAAGAAAUCCAAAGAGCGCACAGUGUUUUUCAAGCAAAUAUUUUAAGUUUAUGUUUUCUUUUAGGAAAUAAUGAAAACCAUGAGAAAAGUGAAGAAUUGAUAGGAAAUAAUUCAGUUUUAUUAAUUUUACAAGAAAUAUUUGCUAAAUGUGAAACAUUUUGCAACUAUGAAAAAGAAUCUGAGGAAGCGAAAGAUCAAAUUCAAGAACAAUACGAAUUCUUAGAGGAAAGACUCAGAGAAUUAGUUGAACAACUCAUGAAUCUCUUGUUUGAUUUAAAAUCAGCUCCAAGUUCAACCCCCUUAUCACAGUUGCUUUUACGACUAGAUUACAAUAAUUGGUUUUGCAAAAACUGGAAGAAUAAACUCGAAUCUUAAAAAGGAAUAUUUAUUUAUUGCUAAAAAUUUUAAAUGAAAAUUAAGUAAAACAAACUGAUUUACUUUAACAAAA